AUUGAGAUGAAGGGUAAUAAGAGAGGAUAAGACCUCGAGAGGAGUACGAAACAAUGCCUCAUCCAACACCUGUUGCUUACAUGGUAUGCAAAAAAUCUCACUUGCGACGUGAUGCGAAAGCUCUCAUCUGCACGCGGUAUAUGGCAGCGAAUCUUCAGUGUAACUACACUCCAUCACGACGUGGAGACCUCGGGCUCGGAACGGUGGCGCACAUUUCAACAAACCUGAGGUGAUCGGCUUUGAAUGGUGGAUAACUCAAAACUUCUUUAUAAGCCACUUGAAGUUUCUUAUUGAACCACCUAUGAGGGCACAUCAGCAAGUAUUCCGAUUUGAAAACUCCUGCUGUCUCCUCUCUCCAACAAAAGGAGAAAAAACCAGAUGCCCUCGCCACAGAGAGUGGCUCAAAUGUCUCCCAAGAACCCCUGAACCUCUUUUGCACAUUGGGCCUAAGACCGAGCGUUCACUCGCCUGGCCUACUUCCCGCACACGCUCGAC